AUGACUCGCGCUCACGCAUCCGCUUGUGGGGGUCAUUUUAGCGGCCACAAGACGGGUUAUCGAGUGCUUACAUGUGGGUUUUAUUUGCCUACAAUUUUCAAAGAUGCGUGUGAGUAUGCUCGGAAUUGCUUAAGCUGUCAAAAAGUAGGGAGUUUUUCAAAGAGGGAUGAAAUGCCCUUACAACCCAUUUUGGUAGUUGACGUAUUCGAUGUGUGGGGCAUUGAUUUCAUGGGUCCCGUUCCAAGCUCAAAUGGUUUUUUUAUACAUAUAGGUUGCGGUGGAUUAUGUCUCGAAGUGGAUUGGAGCCAUAGCUACAAGAACAUUUUUGCUCGAUUUGGGAUUCCGAGGGUCAUUAUUAGUGAUGGUUCACACUUUAAGAACUUUAACUUUCGAAAGCUAUUGAAACGUUACAAUGUGAACCACCGAAUCGCUACUCCAUACCACCCGCAGACUAGUGGACAAGUUGAAAUGUCCAACCGUCAAAUAAAAGAAAUUCUGAUGAAGAUGGUGCAGGUGGAUAGGAAGGAUUGGUUGAGCAAGUUAGAUGACGCGUUAUGGACAUACCGAAUGGCUUAUAAAACUCCAAUUGGUACAACCCCUUAUCGGUUGGUAUAUGGGAAAGGGUGCCACUUACCGAUGGAGUUAGCUCACCGAGCACUAUGGGCAAUUAAAACGGUAAACACGGAUUAUAACGAAGCGGGGAAGAUUCGAAAGUUGCACUUGAGUGAGAUUGAAGAGAUUCGAGAUGAGGCAUACGAAUGUGCAUCCGCGUAUAAAGACAAACUCAAAAAGGUUCAUGACGCGAAGUUACAAAAACGAACCUUCGAAGUGGGUCAAAAGGUUUGGUUGUAUAACUCAAGGUUGAAACUUUUUGCGGGAAAGUUGAAAAGUAAAUGGAUGGGGCCCUACGUGAUCACAAGAGUGGGUCGGUUUGGUGAUAUAGAGAUUGAAGAUGUGCAUACAAAUACGAAGCAAGUGGUUAACGGGCACCGACUCAAACCAUACUUGGAGGGUUACAUCAAUAAUCUCGAACUUGACAAAGUGGGCUACAUUCUAUGCCCAUUGUAUGAGGAAGAAGCAUAA